UCUUUUAAACUAACAUACUAAUCUUAUUCGCAGUGUAAUUUCUCUAAUGUACUUUUUUAUCUCAUGGUCUUUCUCUCUCAACGAUCCUUUUCCCACUGCCAUCGAAUUUUUCAGAUUGAGUGUUUGAACAAAUUAGGAUGACAGAUUGUUGACGAAACAAGGAACCUACUUAUGUAAGAGGUUAUGUUAAACGGAUGCCAUGAAUUCUGGUGCAUGCUAGCAAUGAGUUUGAUGUGGGUUAGUGUUUGAUUUGUUUGGGCAUUUGUUUCUGUAGACAUUGCCUUCUAUGGUUAGUUUUGAUAUUUAACCAUUUUCACAAAUUAUAACAAAAAAAUGGUUCAACAACCAACCCUUUUCCAAAUUAUCCCAAACCUCCAAACCCGCAUGUGGGGUAGCUCACCAGCUAGAUAUGGAGCAAAAACGACAACUCCCACCCCUAUCAAAUUCAUCAUUUUUCUCCUUAUAUAUAUUUUUCCAAGUAUUAUUUUUAUUUUCCCAACUGUGUUUUGGUCCCUCAAACCAUAAUUAAUCAACCCCGUUUCUCCUUCCAAAUACAUUUAUUUUCUGCCACCACCUCAUUAAUAAUUAGGCACAGAAAAAGAAAAACAGAAAAAAAAAAAUCUGCACCUCCCUCCCGGCUUUGUUUGGUUCCCAUAAGAGAAAGGAAUCCCACUUUUCCCCCUAUCUUCUUUGUCCUCAUCAAUCAUGAUUCACAUUUCACAUGCAACUAGCUAGUUCCAAAGUAACAUUUCACAGCAGCAGCAGCAGCCAGAGAUUCUCCGAAGCACAGAUUCCGCCAUGGAAGAAGAAUCUUCCAUCCACGAGAUCCGAGCCCCUCUCCUAACCAAGUCAACGGAGAGAGAUGAAGACCUUCCUUCCUCAUCAUCAUCUGCCUCGUCGUCAUCGCCUCACAAGGUCCAAGAAGAAGUUGAAGAGGAGGAGAACUCGCCGGUGAAACAGGUGGCGAUGACGGUCCCGACAACAGACGACCCGACCCUACCGGUGCUAACUUUCCGGAUGUGGGUCCUGGGCACGCUCUCCUGCGUGCUGCUGUCGUUUCUGAACCAGUUUUUUUGGUACCGGACCGAGCCGCUGACCAUCACGGCCAUCUCGGCCCAGAUCGCGGUGGUGCCGCUGGGCCAGCUCAUGGCGGCCCGAAUCACGGACCGGGUCUUCUUCCGCGGGUCGAGGUGGGAGUUCACGCUCAACCCGGGCCCGUUCAACGUGAAGGAGCACGUGCUCAUCACCAUCUUCGCCAACUCGGGGGCCGGUAGCGUGUACGCCAUACACAUCGUUACCGUGGUCAAGGCUUUCUACAAGAAGAACCUCACGUUUUUCGUGUCCCUCAUUGUCGUCAUCACCACGCAGGUGCUGGGGUUUGGGUGGGCGGGGAUAUUCCGGCGGUAUCUCGUGGAGCCGGCGGCGAUGUGGUGGCCGGCCAAUCUCGUCCAGGUCUCCUUGUUCAGGGCCUUACACGAGAAGGAAGAACGGUCCAGAGGCGGCCUGACACGAAACCAAUUCUUCCUCAUCGCACUCACCUGCAGCUUCGCCUACUACGUCUUCCCGGGAUACAUCUUCCAAAUGCUCACUUCCAUGUCCUGGGUCUGCUGGAUCUUCCCGCAAUCCGUCCUGGCCCAACAGCUCGGAUCGGGCCUCAACGGGCUGGGGCUCGGAGCCGUGGGAUUCGACUGGUCCGCCAUCUCAUCCUACCUCGGCAGCCCACUCGCCAGCCCAUGGUUCGCCACCGCCAACGUCGCCGCCGGGUUCGUGUUCAUCAUGUACGUCGUCACCCCGAUCGCCUACUGGUUCAACUUCUACCGAGCCAAGACUUUCCCCAUUUUCUCCGACAGCCUCUUCACCGCCGCCGGGCAGGAGUACAACAUCUCCUCCAUCAUCGACUCCUCCUUCCACCUCGACCUCGCCGCCUACGAGAGCCAAGGCAACCUUUAUCUCAGCACGUUUUUCGCCAUGACUUAUGGAGUUGGGUUCGCCGCCCUCACCGCCACAAUUGUCCACGUUGCCAUGUUCCAUGGAAGGGAGAUAUGGGAGCAGAGUAGGGCGAGUUUUGGGGAGAAGUCGAUGGAUAUACACACCAAGUUGAUGAGCAAAUACAAGCAAGUGCCAGAGUGGUGGUUUUGGUGCAUACUGCUUGCGAAUGUCGGGGCUACCGUUUUUGCCUGCGAGUAUUACAACGAGCAGCUUCAGUUGCCGUGGUGGGGUGUGCUGCUGGCUUGUACCAUUGCCAUUGUUUUCACUCUGCCCAUUGGGAUCAUUACCGCCAUUACAAACCAGACUCCUGGGCUGAACAUAAUCACGGAGUACAUAAUCGGGUAUGUGUACCCAGGGUACCCUGUAGCCAACAUGUGCUUCAAAGUCUAUGGCUACAUAAGUAUGACGCAGGCCAUCACUUUCCUCCAAGAUUUCAAACUCGGCCACUACAUGAAGAUCCCACCUAGAACCAUGUUCAUGGCACAGGUAGUGGGGACUCUUAUUGCCUGCUUCACCUACCUGUCCACGGCGUGGUGGCUGAUGGAAUCCAUCCCCGACAUUUGCGAGCGUACUGCCUCCAACACGGUCUGGACGUGUCCAGGGGACACGGUCUUCUAUGACGCAUCCGUCAUCUGGGGUUUGAUCGGUCCGCGCAGAAUCUUCGGCGACCUCGGAUUCUACGCCUCCGUGAACUGGUUCUUCCUAGGAGGAGCGGUUGCCCCAAUUCUGGUCUGGCUGGCCACCAGGGCGUUCCCCCGACAGGAGUGGAUAAGGCUGAUUAACAUGCCGGUUUUGAUUGGUGCGACGGGCUCGAUGCCGCCGGCCACAGCGGUGAACUACACGAGCUGGAUUCUGGCCGGGUUUCUGUCCGGGUUCGUGGUGUUCAGGUACCGGCCGGAGAUGUGGCAGAGGUACAACUACGUGCUGUCGGGUUCGUUGGAUGCAGGGCUGGCGUUUAUGGGGGUGUUGCUGUAUUUGUGCUUGGGGUUGGAGAAUGUGAGUUUGGAUUGGUGGGGGAAUGAUCUUGAUGGCUGUCCCUUGGCUUCUUGUCCUACAGCUCAAGGUAUUGUUGCGAGAGGAUGCCCUGUUUCUAGUUAAGGAUGGAUGUAUCUCUUCUGGGGUGGAAGGAAAGGAAGGGUGUUGAGUUGAGAGGAACAAAAGUUGUUGAUUUUUUUCAUCUUUUUCCCCCCUCUAUUGGGAAGGUUCGGAGGAAUGAAUUGGUACAUAUUUGUUUGCACAUGGUAGCGUGUAAAAUUGUUCAUAUGGUUUGGCGAAUAUUGAUCCUAUCUUUUGUAUUUUUUUCUUUCUGCUUUUUGCUCAUCAUUAUAAUUCUUCUUCACAUGUAAAUAGUUCGAAUAUUGGUUGUCCUCAAAAAUCGAUUUGCUACCGGACUAAUUAUGCAAAAAAAAUUGAACUUUUGGUGGUUUGGAUGAUGAAUUUUAGCUCAUCAAUUUGACCCAAUUUGGAUGAAGCAAUUUGAUAUGAGAAAUUUUGAAUUUAUUAGUUUCGAGACAAGUACUAGGGGCAUGUAAUUUGGAAUUGACUGGUUUUAAAUGAUUUUUUUUUUAGGAUGAUAUAUGUUUACUUUUUGUGUGGUUUAAAUACUACUUACGGAAUUUGGAUCUUGAGACCUCCAUAUUAUAGACUAAUGGUAUUACCCCUUGUUAUGAAAACUAGCCCGAACCGGCCGGUCAGACCGAUAAAACCGGACCCGGGCACAAAUCCGGCCCUGGAAGAAAGUAAACGGGCGACUUUAGUAGAUUUAACGUGAGCCUCCUGCCUCCCUCUUUUGCUAUUUUUUAAUUAAUAAUUCAGAAAAGGAAACAAAGGUAACGAAAGAAUUAAAUAACCCUACCCUAUUCUCCGAAUCUCCACUAUAGGCACCUACUUUUUUUAUUUUGACUUUUUCAUUCUUUUUGUAUACUUAUUUCUUCUUAUGUAGAGCCAAUUAUCGGUUUUCAAUACUGAUUAAUCAACGGUUAUCCGAUAAACCGUGAACCUCUCAUUAAUCUGGAUCGAUGUCCGGUUCGGUUUUGACAACACUGGUAUUACCACCAAACCAGACUCUUGUUUGUUUACAUGACUCAUUUUAUAAAAACGAGACAAUUGGCCAAAUUGUCUUGUUUUGCUAUUGAUCCAUCCAAAUGAAGAUGAACUACAUUUGGCACCAACUAGGGCUGCAAAUGAGCCAAGUCGAGUUCAAACUAGCUUGCAUAAUAAAAUUUUAACUCGUAUUUGAUAUAUUUAUUUUGGUUGUUAUACAUGAUACAUGUGAUUAAUGUUAAGAUGGAAAUGAAAAUGAUAAUAAUAAUAAUAAUAGUUAAAUGUUCAAUAUCAACUAAUCUCAUGUUAUACUUUCUAGCAUCAAAUUAUUUAGUUAAAAAUUUUAACUAGUGAAAAUUAUGUUAUUCCAUAAUAUCGAAGCAAUUUAUGAUACAUAAUUUAUUUUUAAAAUUGGAUAAGGCAUAUUUACUCACAUAAUCUACGUGUUAAACUUCAUAUAGGGUGAGAUAUGUAAUUUAACAAUCCUAUGAAUUAUCAUAAAUUCAUAAUCAAACUGAUAAUGAUCAAUUCGCUCAUAAUUAGGUAACCGAGUUAGCUCUGUAGCCACAAUGUUGAGAGUUGAGAUAUCUCAUAAGCUCCAAAUGAGCCAGCUCACGAGUUGAGCUCAAUAAGCCACCGAGUCGAACUAGCUCGCGAGCUCCGUGAGCUGCAGAUGGCUAAAAAGCUCGGCUCAUUAGUAAACGAGUUGAGUUCUGACUGAGCUUUUUCCGAGUUGAGCGAGCAGCUCAGCUCAUUUGCAGCCCUAUCACCAACUAAAAGUCUGUAUAGAAGUCAGAAGAAUUGGAACAUUAAAAUCAUGAAUUGUUU